CUCACCCAAAAUAGCUUAUAUAUAAUUCACCGCUCUCAUAUGUAAGUCGAAGCUUCAUUAGCAGAGAUGGGGAACAAGAAGGUUAUGGUGCCGGUCGAGAAACUGGACUUGUCGACCGUCAAGUACGAGCCUGAAGUGAUCAAAGCUCCUCAUUUAACGGGUUUGAUGCUGAAGCUGUUUGUGAGGAUGGCUGAAGCUCCGGUUAUAGGUUCUUCGAUCAUGUCUUUCUUGAAAAAGCAGAACAAAAUGGUCGAGAUGUUGCAGAACACUGUGAUACCAGAAGCACCCAUGUUUAAACCUGAAUUCCCUCCUCAAGAUGCAGAACCUUCCGUUGUCACCACGGAUGAAGAACGAAAACCUGAGGAUCGAGUUGAAUCGGCCUUAAAGUGUCUUCCUCAUUAUGAUCCACCUAGUUGCUGGAGCGGGGAUUUGCUUCCAUCGUUCCGGUACUGGAAGAUUCGUGACUAUGCUCAUGCUUAUCGGUCUACAAUUGUGACACCUUCCAUGGUUGCAGAAAAGAUCAUUUCAGUAAUUGAAGAGUGUAACUAUCAUAAGCCCCCAACACCGUUGUUGAUUUCAUUCGAUGCUGAGGACAUAAGGAAGCAAGCUGCAGCUUCGACAAAAAGGUUCGAGGAAGGAAAUCCUUUGUCAAUCUUGGAUGGGAUUUUCAUGGCAAUCAAGGAUGAUAUAGACUGCUAUCCUCAUCCAUCUAAGGGUGCAACAUCAUGGAUGCACGAGGUUCACUCUGUUGAAAAGGAUGCAGUUUGUGUUUCGAGAGCACGGAGCUGCGGUGUUAUUAUUAUCGGGAAGGCCAACAUGCAUGAGUUAGGCAUGGGCACAACUGGAAACAAUCCAAUCUAUGGAACAGCCAGAAACCCUCAUGCAAUGGAAAGAUAUACUGGUGGAUCCUCCUCCGGUCCAGCAGCAAUUGUAGCUUCUGGAUUAUGUUCUGCUGCCCUUGGAACAGAUGGUGGAGGUUCUGUACGUAUUCCUUCAUCCCUUUGCGGUGUUGUGGGCUUGAAAACGACUUAUGGGCGGACGAGCAUGGAAGGGUCGUUAUGUGAUUCUGGGACCGUGGAAAUCAUUGGACCAAUAGCCUCAACGGUGGAGGAUGUCAUACUAGUGUAUGCAGCAAUUUUGGGUUCUUCUCCACAGGACAGAAUCUGUUUCAGACCGCCUCCCCCUUGUUUUCCAGAUUUGUCAUCACUUGAGAAUGCAACCACUUUGGGAUCAUUGCGACUGGGGAAGUAUACAGAGUGGUUUAAUGAUGUACAUUCAAAUGAUAUCUCGAGUGUUUGUGAAGAUGUUCUUCACCUUUUGUCCAAAAACCAUGGAUGUGAAACAAUAGAGAUAGUAAUACCAGAACUAAAUGAGAUGCGCACUGCUCAUAUUGUUUCAAUUGGAUCAGAAACACUGUGCUCGUUAAAUCCGGAUUGUGAAGAUGGGAAAGGGGUGAAAUUAACAUAUGAUACUCGUACUAGUAUGGCAUUUUUCCGAUCAUUCACUGCAUCAGACUAUGUUGCUGCUCAAUGUCUUAGACGAAGGAUAAUGCACCAUCACAUGGAGAUCUUCAAGAAGGCUGAUGUCAUAGUGACCCCAACUACUGGCAUGACAGCACCAAAAAUACCACCUAGUGCUUUGAAAGAUGGAGAGACAGAUAUGCAGGUUACAGGUUAUCUCAUGCGGUUCAUUCUUGCUGGUAAUCUACUCGGUCUUCCGGCCAUUACCGUCCCUGUUGGUUAUGACAAACAAGGCCUUCCAAUAGGCUUGCAACUAAUCGGCCGUCCAUGGGGUGAAGCUACAAUUUUACGUUUGGCUUCUGCAAUCGAGGAACUUUGUGCUAAAUCCAGGAAGAAACCUGCAUCCUUCUAUGACAUUUUAAAUAUCAAAUAGAAGCUGCUUACAGCUCCAAGAUGCACGGACUACAUUUUAUAGCAAGCCCUCUAGCUCUUCAAGAAUCUAAUAUAUGAUUAUUUAUCCAAAAGCAAUGUUUCUUAAUAUAUGGUUGAAUAAGCUAUCUGUUAUCAUACUGAUGAGCCAUACUUCGAGAAAACUGAUGUAUCUGAUUCUAGUACUUUUCUGAGACCUGCCUAGUGUUAUCGA